GCCGUGUUGACGAUAUUCAAAGCGGCCCGUUUCAGAUCAGCCCCGCUGUGCUUUCCAUAGCCGAAACAAUAUCCCACAGAAGACUAACGAAGAAUUCUGGACCCGAUCUUUGAAGGCAGUCAUUCCGGUUUUUCGUUCCAUCCCGACAUUUGGCCAUAUUUUGAAGGCGGUCCUUGUGGCCUUUUAAGCUAUAACUUGCAGGAAACGGGUGGAUGACUAUUUGAAAAUGAUUGCUGCAAGUUUUCGUGACUGUCAGGCUUGGAAAGCUGAGGGUUUACCUCUGUCCACCACCAGCAAUGAGGCCUGCAAAAUGUAUGAUGCUAUUAUUACACAGUAUGUUAAGUGGCGCAAUGAUCCCACUCUGGGCGGUAUCGAGGGUUGCAUCGCUGCAGUUCAGGCUGCAGAUCCAGACUUUGUGAUGGGUCACGUGAUCGGCACAGGCCUGGAAUUGGUUGGCGUGUCAUCGUCGGUGGAGCGAAAUGAGCGUCUGGCCAGUGCCGUGAGGCGGACAGUGGAGCUGGCCAAGACCCAGGAGAUCACAUGUCGAGAGAGACAGCAUGUUCGGGCCAUGGAGCUGUUCUCCAGAGGAGCUCUGUCCAAAGCCUGUGAUGUGUGGGAAGAGAUUCUGGUGGAGCACCCCACAGACAUGCUGGCCCUCAAGUUUGCCCAUGAUGGCUUCUUCUACCUGGGCUACCAGACCCAGAUGAGGGACUCCGUGGCCAGAGUGUUGCCCUAUUUCAAACCCCACACACCCCUGUCCAGCUACCUGAAGGGCCUGUACUCCUUCGGCCUUCUUGAAACUCACUUCUACGAUCAGGCUGAGAAAGAGGCCAAAGAGGGGCUGGCCUUGGCACCGGACGACGCCUGGUGUGUCCACUCGGUGGCCCACGUCCACGAGAUGAAAGCGGAGGUGGACAAGGGGCUCAAGUUCAUGCAGUCCACGGAGAAGGACUGGCAGGGAUGUGACAUGCUUGCCUGCCAUAACUACUGGCACUGGGCGCUUUAUCACAUUGAGAAGGGGGAGUACGAGGCGGCCCUGAAGAUCUACGACAGCCAGGUGUCCCGUCGGUGUAUGUCCUCGGGAGGCAUGUUGGACACAGUGGACGCCUGCUCUCUUCUCUACAGGCUUGAGAUGGAGGGUGUAAGUGUGAAGGAUCGCUACCGUGAGAUGCUGCAGGUGGUGGAGCCUCACAGUGAGGAUCACACUCUGCUUUUUAACGACCUGCACUUCCUCAUGGCGUCACUGGGGGGCGGUGCCACUGACUGCACCCACCGUCUGUUGGACAGCCUGAGGGAGCGAGCUCGAGACCCAGAGGAGAAUCACCAGUACCAGCUGGCGGCGGGCUUGGGUCUGCCCAUGUGCCAGGCGCUGGUGGAGUACGACCAGGGCAACUACGCCCGUGUGGUGGAGCUCCUGCAGCCGCUGCGCUACCGCAUCAAUGACAUAGGGGGCAGCGACGCACAGAGAGAUGUAUUCAACCUGCUGCUCCUACAUGCUGCCAUCAAAUCUCAGGACAAACGCCAUCAGAAGUAUGCUAGGUCCCUUAUGGUGGAGCGGAAUGCCUUACGGCCCAACUCUCUCCUCACUGACCGUAUGAUGGAGAAGUUCUCCGCCCUGCAUGUUUAACUGAUGCAGCCAUGAAGCCAUAAUCAUCAUAAUAAUGUCCAAAACAUCUCACAGCACAAUUAAUCUCACAUUUUGUAUUGAUCUAGCAGACACUUCUAUCCAAAGUGACUAUACUGUACUGUUCCCAGAGUAAUUUGGGGUUAAGUGCCUUGCUGAAGGGCACAAUGAUGGAAGCUGGGAAUUGAACCCACAACUUGUCUGGCUACUGCGUGCUAGCCCAGCUCCAAAGCCACUACUCUGCCACUGCCCCAUCAGAGAUCUCUGCUGAGAGGCUGCAGCACUUUGGAUUAAGGCAUAUGCUUACAUACCAGUCAACUUCAAUCUUGACAUUUAAGUAAAAUAUCAACUUACAACAGUUGUUCCACAUAUCUCACCUCACGCAUCACACAUAUUCAUUCCACUUAACCUAGCAGGUUAUGAAGUUAAAUUGCGCUAAAAUGGAUGACAUGUAAUUGUCGGAUAUUUGUCUGACACUGUUUAUUACAGCUAAAUCAAGCUAAUAAUAUAACUGUGAAAUCAAGCCAUCUCACAUUUUGUGCAGUAAACCAAAAUCUUUUUGAAAACUUUAAUGACUUUGGUGGUGAUGCGUAUAGCCUAAGCAGCACGUCUGAUGUCAGCAGUACAGUAGCUUCAUGUAAACCUCAUCUCAAAGACUUCACACCAUCUCUCUCUCCUUGUAGUAAGGUGAUAAUGAGAUGGCAAGUCUGUCAUGUAAUUUACACAUAUUAUAUGAACUUUAACAGAGAUCCCUCGAAAAAGUCAUUGAAGGACACAGCGAGGCUUCUUUUUUUAGCUGAGCAUAUUUUAUUACCAAAUGAACGUCACUGACAAAUAAAAUCUAUGCGUGAAAUCUAAAAAAAAGUUUCAAUAUACAAUAUUGUCAAAUAUUCACAAAUGUUCAAUAAAUAACUACAGUAGCACUUUA